AAACGGUUUUAGUUAGAACCUGAGAAGGAUCAGGGUAGCUGUAUUGUCUCGUGUCAAGGGCCCCCACAACACCAUAAAAAAUUUUUUUGCCGUUUCCUUUGUUGUUUUUGAUUUCACAUAAACUACUACUUUUGCUCACACACUUUCAUUUUCUUCACUUCAAAAUUGAGAUAGGAAGAAGAAGAAGAAGGAGGAGAUGAAGAGAGGAAAAGGUGAUGAUGAUGAUGAGAAGGUGGGACCCAUGUUCCCAAGACUCCAUGUCAAUGACACAACGGACAAAGGAGGACCAAGAGCACCACCCAGGAAUAAGAUGGCACUAUAUGAACAGUUUAGUGUUCCCUUUCAAAGAUUCAAUCCUAAUUCAAAUUCUUCUAAUUCACUUCCUCUAACACCUUCCUCCAUCAUGGGAAAUGACCCCGACAGAAGCUGCAUCUUCCCAGUUCGUUUACCUUCACAAACGAAUAUACAUCGAGCUGAAAGUGAUAUUUCUCACCAAUCUAAUGGAGCAAACUUAGACACUUUGUCAGCACAAAUUGAACAGAGAAAAGAUGUGAGAAAAAAGGGUGAAGGGCAUCUCCAAGUAAGCUCAAGUAGACAGAAAACAGGAAUGUCUGUCGAAAGCAUAUUGACAGGAGAAAUUAUUGACAGUCCAGUGAGGCAAACCAAUAAGAUUCUAGAUGAAGAGGAUCAACAUUGUUCUGUGUCAAAUAUAUUGCAUAAGGGUGAUGCUUGCGUACGACAGGAAUCCAAUGACAUUGAACAUAGUGACGAUCUCCUUAACUCAGAAGGAAGUGACGAUCUAUCCAAGAUCUCCACUCUAGAAAAUUUGUCAAGCCUGAAACUUUCUCCUGAUGGUGUCGCACAGAUAUUAGGUCAACAACUUUUUUGGAAAGCAAGACGAAGAAUUACCAAUCAACAGAGAAUGUAUGCGGUCCAAGUGUUUGAGUUGCACAGACUGAUAAAGGUACAACAGCUGAUUGCUGGAUCAUCAGAUCUUUUGCUUGAAGAUGCUGCUGCUAUUUUGGGAAAAUUUCCUCUGCAGGAGUCUACUCCUAAAAGUCUCUCAUUAGAAGUCGUUGUUGAACCUCAGACACAAAAUCAUAAACAGCAAGACCAUUCUGAAAACCUAAACCGUAAAUCGGAAUGUUCUGCUGAAAAUGGAGUAGGGAAAACAUCCUUUACAUACCAAAGUUAUGGUAGCCACCUUUCGAAUUACACCCCUUUUCCUGGAAAUCCACAACAGGAAAAUGCAGGUACUCAAAGUUUCAAUCCGUCACCUGGACAUCAGUGGUUAAUUCCUGUUAUGUCUCCUUCCGAGGGGCUUGUCUACAAGCCAUUUCCUGGACUUGGAUUUAACGGACCAGUGUAUGGAGGAUGUGGGCCAUUUGGACAAGGUCCUCUAGAUGGUACAGUCAUGAAUCCUACCUAUGGAGUUCCAAAUUUUCAUCAAGCAAUUGCGGUUUCACCAUUCAUUCCUCCAAGCAGUUAUGCCUACUUCCCUCCUCAUGGCGUGCCAGCAGCAAUUAAUCAACCAACAUCAGGGUCAGUUGUUGAACAGGCGACCCAGUUUGUUGCACACGGUUCUCAUGAUCAAAACAAUAAUUCAUCUUUAGUUGGAGCCGGUUUUGACACUCAUAAUCAAACCCCGUGUAAUUUGUCAAAUCAGAAAUUUGGAACCAUAUCACAUGUCACAAAAUCUCGGCCAACUAGGGAGAGAGGGUUAGCUGGUAGUCCUGGUGAAAAGGCACCAGGAAUUAGAAUAGAGAAAUCUUCUUCCUUUACAGUUCCAUUGGUAUCAGAUGAAGUCGUUCAAUCACUUGAAACAAGACAAAAACCGCAGGUAAUCAGAGUUGUGCCACAUAACUCACGAUCUGCAACGGUAUCAGCUGCUAGAAUUUUUCAGUCGAUCCAAGAAGAGAGAAAACAGUAUGAUCUAGUCUAGUGUUGUUUAUGGAUGUGUAACCUUUGAGUUGAGUUUAUAAAGUGGAUCGAGUUUUGUACUAACUUUUUCUUGUCAUGUAUUAUAAUUCUAUACAAUAACCAAAAUUUGUCAAAUGUA